UAACAUUUGCAUUCUUGAAUUUACCGCCUCCCCCCCCCCCCUCACCCCAACACACACAUUUCUUUUAAAACACCGUUUCAGGAAAAUGAAAAUCUCUGUCUGAGGGACUAAAUUGUUACUUAUACAUUUGUUCGUGUUUUCCGUGUUAUUAUUCCCAUAAAGCUAAAAACAUUACACCAAUUAAAAAAAAAACAAAAACCUUUACAUUUACAAAAACUCCAUCAAUACUUCUUGCUUUCUCUCUUCCCCAAGAUUUGUGUGGCCACACUCAGAAAGAGAGAGAGAGAGAGAGCUAUGGCGAAGCUAUUGAUGUGGUUUUUGGGUGUCUUUUUUGUGCUUACCAAAUUAGUUGAUUCUUAUGAAUUUGAAGAAUUUUUUUACAAUAAAACUGAAGGGGCAUUCUUGGAAAGUGUGUAUGGAGCUUCUGCUGCUGCUCCUCCUCCACUUAUGAUUGGUCUUACAAUCAUCCAUGGUGCUGCUGCUAGAGGAGCUGUGUGUCUGGAUGGAACAUUACCAGGUUACCACAUCCAUCGCGGUUAUGGGUCUGGGGCAAACAGUUGGCUUAUUCAAUUGGAGGGUGGAGGAUGGUGCAACAGUGUUAGAAGUUGUGUUUAUCGCAAAAAAACAAGACGAGGAUCAUCAAAUUACAUGGAAAAACAGAUUCCUUUUGUUGGAAUUUUGAGUAACAGGGCUGAAGAAAAUCCAGAUUUUUAUAACUGGAAUAGAGUAAAAGUUCGCUACUGUGAUGGUGCCUCAUUUACCGGGGAUAGUGAAGAUAAGGCUGCAGGGUUGCAGUAUAGAGGCAAGCGCAUAUACCAAGCUGCAAUGGAGGAGUUAAUGUCAAAAGGAAUGCGAUACGCCAAGCAGGCUCUUCUCUCUGGAUGUUCUGCUGGUGGUCUAGCUUCAAUAAUGCAUUGUGAUGAUUUCAGCAAUUCGCUCCCACAUACUAAAGUGAAGUGCCUGAGUGAUGCUGGAUUAUUUAUGGACGCAAAUGAUGUAUCUGGAGGACACGCCAUCAGAGAUUUCUUUGGGGGUGUGGUUAAGACGCAGAGUCUUCAGAAUACGCUACCAAGAACUUGCACCAACCACCUUGAUGCAACCUCUUGUUUCUUUCCUCAGAAUUUGAUCGGCAGCAUCAGGACUCCUCUUUUUCUACUGAAUACUGCCUAUGAUUCCUGGCAGCUUCAAGAAAGCUUAGCUCCUCAUACAGCUGAUCCUCAUGGCUUAUGGCAUGACUGUACACUCAACAAUGAAAGAUGUUCUCCUUCUCAAAUUCAAUUUUUGCAAGGUUUUAGGAUUCAUAUGCUUAAUACAGUUAAAAGAUUCGCUGCUUCAAGACAAAAUGGUUUGUUUAUAAAUUCAUGCUUUGCCCACUGCCAAUCUGAGAGGCAAGAUACAUGGUUCUCCGAUAAUUCCCCCACGAUUAAUAACAAGCCAAUUGCACUUGCAGUUGGAGAUUGGUACUUUGAUCGUAGUGGUGUGAAGGCGAUUGACUGUGCAUAUCCAUGUGACAGAACAUGUCACAACCUUGUCUUUAAGUGAGCCAUACAAUCAAAUUCUUUUCCUGCACCAAAAUUGGCAGAAAUAUGUUAUCAUCUUGAUAGUCAUAUAUACCCUUCCCAAUUAGCUUAAGAGGUUUUCCAGUGUAACAAAGUUCACUGUAGACAAUAAAGUAAAGUGAUUUAUCUCCCAUUGCGUUUAGUUCAGUAAAAA